AUGCGGGGCGAUCCCGAUCCGUCGCGAAAGUUUCACGUGGUGAUGACGACGAAUAAUGCGGUGUAUCAGGGGUGGCAGGCGCGGGUGAUGUAUUAUCACUUUCAAAAGCAAAAAGCCGCGCAAGGACCGAACGGGCAGAUGGGCGGGUUCACGCGCGUGCUUCACGACGUCGCGGAUGGGUUAGAGGACGAAAUUCCGACGUGCAUCGUGGAUAGAUUAGAGGAUGAGUUAGGGUUCGUGGUCUUGAGCCGCCCGUUUGCGUUCGUGCAGUUUUUUGAAAAGUGUCCGCAAAUCGAAGAAGACUUCAUCUUGAUGGCGGAGCCGGACCACUUGUACAUUAAACCCGUGCCAAACUUGAUGCGCGGCGACACGCCGGCGGCGUUUCCAUUCUUUUACAUCAAUCCCAAAGAGAAACCGGACAUCGUCAGGCGGUUUUUGCCGGGAAUCACGGAUGAAGAGAUGAAGGAUAUCGACGGUAUCGGCAGCUCGCCCGUGUUCAUUAGAAAAGACGACCUCGAGCGUCUCGCCCCGGCGUGGGCGGAGAUGUCGGUGGCGCUACAAAAAGACAAAGACGCCAAAGCGGCGUGGGGAUGGGUGAUCGAGAUGUACGGAUACACGUUAGCCGCGUACAAGCUCGGGAUCUCGCACGAUUUGCGACCGCAAAUGGCGGCGCAGCCGCCGUGGGACAAGGCCGUCGGCGACUUCAUCUCCAUCCACUUCACCUACGGCAUGGAUUACGACUUAGACGGCGUCUUCACUCCGGGGAAAAUCGGCGCCUGGCGUUUCGACAAGCGUUCGUACUCCCACGCGUACCCUCCCAAAAAGAUCCCCGACCCGCCGAAGGGCAUGAACAACGAUUUGGUGCGCGCCCUCGUCGACGCCGUGAACGAGGCGUCGGCCGCGCUCCCGGACUGGGGCAAGUGGGGCACCGAAAACGUCAUCGCGGGAUUUAAUUAG